AUGGAAUCUUCUGAAGCAACUCCUUCUUACACCCCAUCGAACAAAACUAGCGAAGGAGAAGAAGAUUCCGAGUUAAGAAAGCUUAUGGAAGAUGAAGAAGAUGAAAAUGAAGACGAAUACGAAGAAGAGAGUUUUAAAAUACUUGAUAAGUAUGAUAUAUUAGUAUCUAAAGUCAAAAAGUUUACAGUUUUAUUCGAUCUUCACAAUGAAGAUUGGACAAGUGAAUGUGAAAAAGUUAUAAAAGACUUUUUUAUGAAUCCAGAAGCAGAGUUAUUAGUUAUAUAUUAUAAUGAAUUAAGUCUUUGUGCCGCUUUUGAAUUUCCUGAAAUACCAAUUCACGAUGUCAUGUAUUUCAUAAAAGAAAAAAAUCAGGAAAUAGAUCCAGAAAAUUUUCAUGAAGAAAUAAGCUUUGGAAAUUUAAACAAUACUGUUGAAGGUUCAAUUUUAAAUUUAUUCGGAAACAUUUAUGCACCUAUAUUUUUUAACAUCACAUCUUGGCCAGACAGUGUUAAAGGAGAUUUUUGUUCUCAUAUGCAUGAAUUUUUAGCAAAAUUAACUGAUUUGCAUCAUAAAAUGCUUGGACUUUCCGUUUUGUAUGUUCCCCAGGAUGGUUUAAAUGCACCUCUUCACGAGGCAGCUGAAGAUAAAGAACUUGUUCGUAGAUUAGAAGGAGUUGUGAUUCAUUGGUCUAGGCAAAUGAGGAUAGCAGUUAGUGAUAGCGACCAAACAUCACAUUCAGAAUUAUUGUCACCCUUGGAUGAAUAUAAUUUUUGGAUUUAUCGAUGGGAAAAUUUAUCAGGAUUAUCCUAUCAAUUAAAAUCGAAAGCUUUGAAGCACUUUUUAGACAUUUUGACAAUACAUCAGUCUUCUUAUUUACGACCUUUUCAAUCUUUAAUAACUGAAGUAAUGGAAGCAACGGAGGAAGCAAAAAGUAAUAUAGAGUAUUUACAAAUAUUAAAAAAACCUUGUGAGGAAUUGUCAUUGGAAACUUCUCCGGCUUCAAUGACAAACCAUAUUCCUAAGCUUCUAAAUUUGUUCAGAUUUAUAUGGUUAAAUUCCCCAUAUUAUAACACAAAAGAAAGAGUGACUUUAUUAUGCAGAAAUCUAAGCAAUCAAAUUAUUUUACAAUGCAAAAAUUUCGUAGAUUUAAAUGAUAUAUUAAUUAAGGGUCGUACUCAAAACGGAAUAAAAAUUUUAGAAAGAAACAUUGACUGUUGUUUAAAGUACAAACUUAUUUAUGAUGUUAUUGCCAAAGGCCAUUCUGAAAAAAAUCCAGAACAACCGUGGGAUUUAGAUAAGGCUUCAAUUUUUAAUCAUGUUGACUCUUUCAUUCAAAGAAAUAAAGAUUUUAUUGAAAUUUGUAAUGCUAUGAUCACGUUUGGCCGUUACAGUGAAACGGAAACGCUUAGAAAGCCAAUUUUUGGUGGCACAAAAGGAAGGAAUUUUGAAAAAGUCGUAGACAAUAUAGAAGAAAAUUUUAAAGAUUACUUAGGAGAUAUAAUUCAGUAUAAAAAUAUUAUAUUAGAUAUAUUAGUUCCGAAUUGGCCUGAGCAAAUAUUAAAGUUUCGAUCCCGAAUAAAAGAGCUUGAAAAAAUAGUUGAAAAUUUGAUUGCAGCUACUGUUAAACCAACUCAUAACGUCGAAGAAAUUAUAUACGGUCUUCAAGCAUUUUACCAUUAUUCUCUUAGAGAAUCACUGUAUCCAUUAAUUGAAAAAUACACAGCGAUAUUGUGGUCAACGUUUAUGAAUAAUAUACAUGAAGUGAAACAGGAAUUGGUCGAAGAACAAAAAUACAGGCCUAUUCUUUCUCCAACUUUUGGAGGUAAAGCAAUAAUGGCUCAUAUAAAAAAGAAAAAAUUAUUAUACAUGAAAGAGAUGAUUGAAAAUGCCUUGUGGUUGCCAAAAUGUGGUAUAGCCAUGGAAGUGAGACUACAAUACGAUCAAUUAAUGCUUUCUAUCAAAGAGCACAUCAAGGAUUUAUUUCGAAAAUGGAAUGAUACUUUAGAGGAUAAUAUUGUUCAGAGAUUAAAUCGGCCUUUGAUGCGAAGAAGCACUUCUAAGCCUGGAUUGUUGGAAAAUAAUUUUGACGGAGUGUGUUUAAACGUUGCUAACGAAUGUUCAUAUUGGCUAUACCUUGGAUUCGAUCUUCCUCAUCCAGCUGAACAACUUUAUAAAAAAUGGAAAAAUGUUCGAAUUUUAUAUGAGCACGUUUUAACAGUGGUUUUAGAUUAUAAUAAAAUUAUAUCAGCUUUAUCUGAUGAAGAGCGGUUAUUAUUUCGAGAAUUGGUCAAAAAAGUAGAUAAAAAAAUAGCACCUGGUCUAUACAGAAUAGAUUGGACGUCAGAGUUUUCAGAAGCGUAUAUAACGGAAGUCAGUAGUCAAACAGCCGAAUUGCAAGAUUUUGUAGACGAUUAUAAAAAUUCUGUUAAACAAAUCGUAGUUCUUUGCGAACAAAUUUGUGACAGUGUACUUGUACUUAUUCCGGAAGAUGUAACUUAUGAAAUGGAAGAUUUAAAGGUUGUUUUAAAAAAAUCUUUAGAGGAAGGAUCGGCAAAAGUUAUUAAUUGUUACCAAGAAGUUCUUAAAUAUCUUACGAUUAUAUACGAGGGUUUUCAAAACGACAUAGUUGCGAUGGGCGACGUUUGGCAUAAAUUUAUUCUUCAAUUAGAUAUUUUAAUGGAGGAAUCAUUAAGAUUGUGCGUUAAGGUUUCGUUGCAAACUUUUAUGCAGCUUUUACACGGUGAUGGUACUACCGGUCCUUCUCCAAUAAUCGGCGUAUCGUUAAAUUUAGUGGAUAACAAAAUAACAUUUAAUCCUAAUUUAAAUACAAUUUCAAGCUUUGGGCAAAAAUGCUUAAGUGAAGUUGUUAAAUUCGUAAAACCUAUUCCUAGACUGUAUGACAGAUUAAAACUAAAAGGUUUUUUUAAAAAACCAUUUUAUGCCGUGAUUGAAAACGAUGAAGAGUGUUUACGUUUACAAUUUGCCAUUAAUCAAGAGGUAUUAUAUAAUUUAAAUUUGGUACAACAACAUUUAAGAAUAUGGGAUCCGUUUCGUGAUAUUUGGGAAGUUAACAAGGAUUUAUUUAUACAAAGAUACGAACAAUUAAAUCCUUCUGUCGUAACGUUUGAAGCUGACAUUUCUCGUUAUAGUGAAGUGGCGAAUAACGUUCAAAUGCAAGAAGCUGAAACUUGCAUCGAUUUUAUUAAAAUUAAUUCGGGACCAUUAAAAAUAGAAAUUGUACAACAUUGUUCUACUUGGCAAGAGAAACUUCUUGAAUUGUUAAAAAAAAUGGCGGAAAAAAGUAUAAAAGCUUUACUUCAGUAUUGCAAUUAUCACUCACACGCGAUUAUGCACGAACCCCGAAAUAUAGCUGAAAUGCAGCAAACAUUAACUUAUUAUGAACGUUUAACAAAUGAUAUUGCUAUGAAAGAAAGAGAAUUUCCCAAAAUUGCCGAUCAGUUUGCAGUCUUACGUAAAUACGAAGUUGAAAUAGAAGAUUCGUUACAACGAAAGCACAAAUUACUCAUACAAAAAUGGAAUCAAUAUUUAAGCACUUUGGCAAAAGCCGAAGAAAUGCUUAAUCGAAAUAAAGACUCGUUUAAAAGUGGGUUAUUGGAUAAAAGUGAAAAAUUAAAACUUCAAUUAGUCGAAUUAAAUUCAAACUUUUUACAAACAAUGCCAACGAAAAUAAAUGUAUUACCCAAAGAGGCCCUUGGCUUUUGCUCCGUCAUACGUUCCGAAUUGGCCGAAUUAAGAGAAAAAGAAAAUACUUUGAGAAAUGAAUUGGCAAUUUUUGAAAUUUCACUUCCCGAAAAUCCAGAAAUGGAAAAAUUAGAAAAAGAAUUAGCAACUUUAGAGUUGGUAUGGGAACUAGCCAAUCAAUGGGAAGAAGCUUGGGGACGUUAUAAAUCUGGAAAUUUCUGGGAAUUACAAACCGAAGAAAUGGAAAAUACGGCUCAAACCCUGUUCAGAAAGCUUACGCGACUUUCGAGAGAGCUUAAAGAACGAAAUUGGGAUAUUGUCGAUUACACUCGUUCAAAAGUCGAUGCUUUUAGAAGGUGUUUACCCCUCAUUGUGGACAUGAAAAAUGUUUGUUUAAGGCCCAGACAUUGGCAACAAAUUCGAAAAAUUGCAAAAGUUGAUUUCGAUGAAACUUCGAAAGAUUUCACUUUGGAAGCUAUUAUCGAAAUGAAAUUGCAGGAUUUCGCAUUAGAAAUUAAUGAAAUAUCUAAUGCUGCAACAAUGGAGCUUAAUAUAGAAGCGGGUUUGAAAAGCAUCAGUGAAUUUUGGGCUGAAGUGAAUGUCACUAUGGAUAAUUACAAAGAUAUUAAAAACUUAUACCGACUGAAAGCAGUUGAUGAUAUAUUUCAAACUUUAGAGGAACACAUGAUACAAUUGGCAUCUAUGAAAGGUACGAAGUUCAGUGAACCUUUUAUGCAAGAUAUUGAUUAUUGGGAAAGAGGUUUAUCAUUAGUUUUAGAGGUGUUAGAGGAAACUUUAAAUGUUCAAAGACAGUGGAUGUAUUUAGAAAAUAUAUUCACAGCCGAAGAUAUAAGAAAACAAUUGUCAAAAGAAACGAAAAAUUUUGAUGAAAUAACAAACGAAUGGAAACAAAUCACAACGCAAAUGUACACCACUCAAAAUGCUUUCGAAGCUUGUCAUUAUCCAGGCCUUUUAAAUACCUUAAAUAAAUUAAAUGAUAAGCUUGAAUCCAUUCAAAGAGCCUUGGAAAUUUAUCUUGAAUUGAAACGCUAUAUUUUUCCAAGAUUUUAUUUCAUAUCGAACGAUGAUCUUUUAGAAAUAUUAGGAAAUUCGAAAAAACCGGAAAUGGUUCAACCGCAUAUGAAAAAACUAUUUGACAACAUAAAUAAAUUAAAACUUGGAAAAGGUACGUUCUCCGGUAAAUUCGAAGCUACGGGUAUGAUUUCUAACGACGGAGAAGUUAUCGAUUUUAGUAAUUUGACUUUUUGUGAGGGUCCCGUGGAGCGAUGGUUGUGUGACAUUGAAAAAAAUAUGAGAGUAACUCUGCACAAUGAAAUAAAGACUACAAGAGCCACUUUAAGAAAAAUGUUAUCAAAAAGAGACAAAUGGAUAAAAGAUCAACCUGGACAAUUGUGUAUAACAUCGAGUCAAAUUCAAUGGACAACCGAUUGCACUCGUACUUUAAAUCAUUGCAAAAUGAUGGAAUCCAAAGUGCCUUUGAGAAAAUUGAGAAAAAAACAAAAUAAAAUAUUGCAAAAAUUUUCAGAAGCCAUUCGUGGAAAUUUGACAAAAAUUCAAAGGCUUAAGGUUGUCGCGCUGGUAACAAUAGAAAUACACGCUCGUGAUGUCAUAGAUAGAAUGUACAAAGUCGGGUGCAUGGAUGUUUCCGCUUUCGAAUGGUCGUCACAAUUACGAUUUUAUUGGGAUAGAGAUAUCGAUGAUUGUAUUAUUAGGCAAACCAACACGUAUUUCGUAUACGGAUACGAAUACCUUGGAAAUUCCGGAAGAUUAGUUAUUACUCCACUUACCGAUAGGUGUUAUAUUACUUUAACGACGGCACUUCAUCUCUAUAGGGGAGGAAGUCCUAAGGGUCCUGCCGGUACAGGAAAAACGGAAACGGUUAAAGAUUUAGGAAAAGCAUUGGGUGCUUAUGUGAUUGUAAUUAAUUGUUCUGAAGGUUUAGAUUUUAAAUCAAUGGGACGAAUGUUUUCAGGGCUGGCACAAACUGGAGCCUGGGGAUGUUUUGACGAAUUUAACAGAAUAAAUAUUGAGGUUUUAUCGGUAGUCGCUCAACAAAUUCUUUCCAUAUUGCAUGCAAUAUCUCAACGGUUAAAACGUUUUAUUUUCGACGGAGCCGAAAUUAAUUUAGUUCAUUCUUGUGGAAUAUUUAUCACCAUGAAUCCAGGAUACGCUGGAAGAACCGAACUCCCUGAUAAUUUAAAAUCAAUGUUUCGACCCAUUUCGAUGGUCGUUCCCGAUAGUGCUCUGAUUGCCGAAAUAAUUUUAUUCGGGGAAGGAUUUAAAGAUUGUCGAAUAUUAGCAAAAAAAGUUUUCACUUUGUUUUCUUUGUCAAUGCAACAACUUAGCAAACAAGAUCAUUACGACUUUGGUUUAAGAGGAAUGGUGGCUAUUUUACGUUAUUCGGGAAGAAAACGUCGUCAACUUCCCCUUUUGCCGGAGGAUGAAAUAAUGUUAUUGUCCAUGAGAGACAUGAAUUUAGCUAAAUUAACUUCGGAUGAUCUUCCACUUUUCAAUGGUAUUACAAGAGAUUUAUUUCCGGGAAUUCAACCGCCUAUGGUCGAUUAUACAGAAUUACAAACCACAAUCGAAUCAGAACUACAAAAAGUUAAUCUUCAGUGUGUGCCUAAAAUGGUGCUAAAAGUAAUUCAAUUAUACGAAACAAAAAUUUCAAGGCACUCUGUAAUGCUCGUCGGAGCGACAGGAACGGCUAAAAGCACGAGUUGGAAAAUGUUGAAAGCUGCAAUGACUACUCUAAAGUUACAAAAUAAAGGAAACUAUCAAACGGUUACAGAAUAUCCUAUAAAUCCUAAAGCUUUAACAUUAGGAGAGCUUUACGGGGAAUUUAAUUUAUCCACCGGUGAAUGGUUAGAUGGAGUUUUAUCGGCAAUAAUGAGGAAAACUUGUGCGGAGGAAACUCCUGAUGAAAAAUGGAUUUUGUUCGAUGGACCUGUCGACGCUAUUUGGAUUGAAAAUAUGAACAGCGUAAUGGACGACAAUAAAAUUUUAACUUUGAUAAAUAGCGAACGUAUUACAAUGCCCGAACAGGUAUCGCUUUUAUUCGAAGUUGAAGAUCUCGCUGUUGCAAGUCCAGCGACGGUUUCUCGCUGCGGAAUGGUUUAUAACGAUUACAAAGAUUUAACGUGGAGACCUUACGUUCAAUCGUGGCUUAAAAAGCAAACUUGCGAUUUGUUGGCAAUCGAAAUGGAAGAUUAUUUCGACCGUUACGUGCAAAGAUUAUUAGAUUUUAAAAGAUUGAAUUGCAGCGAACUAAUAAAAACGUCAGAGUUAAAUUGUAUUAUGUCGCUUUGCCGUUUAUUAGAUUGUUUUACACUGAAAGAAAAUGGAUUUGAUCCGGCUGACGAGGAUAGUUUUUCCACAUUUUCUAAACUUUGGUUUUGGUUUUGUGCAAUUUGGUCUAUAUGCAGUACGGUAACCGAAGAUGGACGUAAAAAAAUCGAUACUUUUAUUCGGGAAAUAGAGGGUUGUUUUCCCGUUGUCGAUACCGUAUACGAAUAUUACGUGGAUGUAAAACAGAAAGUAAUGCUAUCUUGGGAGAUUCAAUUAAACGAGGGUUGGAAAUACAAUCCCAGCCUUCCUUUUUAUAAAAUAAUCGUGCCCACCGUAGACACCGUCAGAUACGAAUUUUUAGUUUCGACUUUGCUCGCAAACACUUAUCCAGCUUUAUUAAUUGGACCCGUCGGAACGGGUAAAACAUCGACCGUUCAAAGCGUCGUUGACGGUUUAAACAAUAAUAAAUAUAUCGUCCUUGCCAUCAAUAUGUCGGCUCAAACUUCAUCGCAAAAUUUACAAGAUACGAUUGAGAGUAAAAUGGAAAAGCGGACCAAAGGGGUUUUUUAUCCGAUCGGAGGAAAACAAAUGUUGGCCUUCCUGGACGAUUUAAACAUGCCGGCCAAAGAGGUUUACGGUGCGCAACCACCUUUAGAAUUACUCCGUCAAUGGAUCGAUUAUGGUUUUUGGUACGACAGACAAAAACAAUUGAAAAAAUAUAUAAAAGAAAUGUAUUUAAUUGGUGCUAUGGGUCCUCCCGGCGGUGGAAGAAAUCACAUUUCUAAUCGUUUAAUGUCACGCUUUAAUAUAAUUAACAUGACUUUUCCCGACGAUUCUCAAAUUCAAAGAAUUUUCUUUACCAUGUUGCAACAGCAUUUUACUGAUUUUUACUCGGAAGUGAAACUUAUCGCUGAAAAUUUAACUAGCAUGACCGUUGACUUAUAUCAGCAAGUCAUAUCUAAAAUGCUUCCGACUCCGGCAAAAAUGCACUAUCUAUUUAAUCUUCGAGAUAUAUCAAAAGUUUUUCAGGGACUCCUCCGAAGUCACAAAGAUUACCAGAAUACAGUUAACGGAUUAUUAAGACUUUGGGUUCACGAAUGUUUCAGAGUUUUUAGCGAUCGUAUGGUGGACGAAAAAGAUCGGGAUUGGUUUAUAAAUGAAAUCAAUCAUCAAUUGGGAAAAUAUUUCGAAUUGACUUUUGCAAAUCUUUGUCCCGAAAGAAAAUCUCCAGUUUUCGGAGAUUUCGUCAAUCCCUAUUGGGUAUACGAAGAUUUAAACGAUCCCGUAGCAUUGAGAAAACACAUAGAAAAUCAAUUGGUUGAAUACAAUAAUUCUCCCGGAGUUGUUAGAAUGGAUUUGGUACUGUUUAGGGAUGCCAUCGAACACAUUUGUAGAAUAUGCAGAGUUAUUUCGCAACCCAAAGGAAACAUGCUAACCGUUGGAAUUGGUGGAAGUGGUAGACAGUCGUUAACUAGACUUUCCGCUUACAUUUGCGAGUAUGGAAUUUUUCAAGUUGAAGUAACGAAAAAUUAUCGCGUCGGAGAAUUUCGUGAAGAUUUAAAAACUUUAAAUCACUACGUCGGAAUAGAAAAUAAAGGGACGACUUUUAUAUUCAACGACACGCAAGUCGUUCAAGAAGCUUUUCUCGAAAUAAUAAACAACGUUUUGAGUAGCGGAGAAGUUCCAAAUCUUUACAAACCGGAAGAAUUCGAAGAAAUAAAAAAUGCGCUCUCGGAGCCUGCUAAAAAGGCCAAGAUUAAAAUGACCACGGAAUCUAUUUUUGCGUUUUUUUUGGAACGCGUUAUUAUGAAUUUACACAUUGUAUUGUGUAUGAAUCCUGCGGGAGAAGCUUUUAGAAAUCGUCUUCGUCAAUAUCCUUCCCUCAUCAAUUGUACAACGAUCGAUUGGUUUUUAGAAUGGCCAAAAGAAGCCUUGCUCGAAGUUGCAAGAAAAUAUUUGGUCGAUAUUGAUUUGACCGUGACAAUGAAUGGAAUUCCAAUGGAACCUCCAUUACCUAAAGAUUCUCCGUUAAAACCCCUACACGAAAGAUUAAGAAUAGCCGUAGCUUCUAUAUUUUCAAUAAUCCACGAUUCCGUUACAAAAACGGCCAAACAAAUGCUGUUGCAAAUGAAGCGCUAUAGUUAUGUGACGCCCACAAAUUAUUUAGAAUUGGUUGCCGGAUACAAAGAAAUGAUAGCGAUGAAAAGGAAAGAGUUAUAUUACGAAGCCAAUAAAUUAUCAAACGGAUUAGGAAAAAUUGACGAAGCUAAAAGUAGUGUCGAAGUAAUGUCAACUGAUCUUGGAAAAGCUCAAGCUAAAGUUAUGGAAAUUCAACAAAUUUGCGAAGAAGCCAUGACUAUAAUUUCACAAAAACGAAGGGAAGCAGACGAACAAGCAAAAGUUGUUAAAAUAAAAUCGGAAAAAAUUGCAGAAGAAGAAAUAGCUUGUAAAAAACUGGCGAAAAUAGCUCAGGCUGAUUUAGACGAAGCGAUGCCUGCUUUGGAGGAAGCACUUUUGGCUUUGGAUGCUCUCAGUAAAAAGGAUAUAUCCGAAGUCAAAAGCUACGGUCGUCCACCGCCGAAAGUUAUGAUGGUAAUGGAAGCCGUUUGCGUUUUGAAAGAUAUAACACCGGAUUGGGGAGAAUCGAAAAGAUUAUUGGGAGAACAAGAUUUUUUAAAAAGUCUGAGAGAAUACGAUAAAAAUAACAUAUCUGAAAAAAUUAUGAAAAAAAUUGCGACUUAUACCGAAUUGGAAGAUUUCGAUCCGGAAAAAGUUGGACAAGUUUCGCUUGCCGCCAAGUCUUUGUGCAUGUGGGUUAUAGCUAUUGAAAAAUAUGGGAAAGUCUGGAGACUUGUAGGACCUAAAAAAGCUCGUUUGGAAGAAACUUUGGAGAGUUUGAGAAAAAAACAAGUCGAGCUUGCCGAUUUACAAUUUAAAUUAAAAGAAUUGCAAGAUUUUUUGAGUAAAUUAAAGAAAGAACACGAAGAAAAAACCAAAGAAAUGGAUGAAUUACAAGCAAAGGCUGAAUUUUUAAAAUUAAAACUUCAACGGGCUGCCAUGCUGGUCGACGGAUUGGCAGGAGAAAAACUCAGAUGGGAACAAACCGUGGAAUAUUGCACUCUUCAUUUCGGUCAACUCCCGGGCGAUUGCCUUUUGGCAACGGCAUUUUUAUCAUACAUGGGACCUUUUGUGAGUCAAUACAGAGAACAACUCCUUGAUUUAUGGAAGAAAAGUAUAAUCGAAGAAGAAGAGGUUCCAUACGAUCCAAAUUUUAAUUUACUGGAAUUUUUAAUCGAUCCUGCUUUGGUGAGAGAAUGGAAUCAAAUGGGUUUACCGACCGAUGAUUUCAGCACGGAAAACAGUAUAAUCGUUGCGAGGUGUUCGAGAUGGCCGUUAAUUAUCGAUCCGCAAUGUCAAUGUUUAAAAUGGAUUAAAAAUAUGGAAGCUGCGAACGGAUUGAAAGUUAUCGAUUUUGGCAUAUCUGGAUAUAUGAAAACUUUAGAAAAUGCAAUUCAAGCGGGUAAACCCGUACUUUUGCAAAACAUUUUAGAAACUCUAGAGCCGGCACUUAAUCCCAUUCUUAAAAAAUCAAUUGUCAUUCAGCAAGGACAAAUGGUUUUAAAAAUGAUGGACAAAUACAUACCGUACAAUGAUAAAUUUCGAUUUUUCAUAACGACAAAACUCCCCAAUCCUCAUUAUUCGCCGGAGAUAUCGACAAAAACGACUCUCAUUAAUUUUUCGAUAAAAGAAGAAGGUUUACUCGCGCAAUUGUUGGGCCUUGUCGUGAGGAAAGAAAAACCUCAACUCGAAGAAAUGAAAAGUCACAUUGUCACAACAAUAUCAAACGGGAGAAAAACAUUACAAAAUCUCGAAGAUGAACUUUUAAAAUUGUUAUCCGAGAGCAAAGGAUCUCUUUUGGAAAAUAAAGAAUUAUUCGACACGUUACAAACAUCAAAAGCUACUUCACAAGCCGUAAAGGAAUCGUUAGCGAUGGCUGAAACAACGGAAAUUGAAAUCGACACGGUCAGAUCGGGAUACGUUCCUUGCGCUCAAAGGGCGUCGAUAUUGUUUUUCGUUUUGAACGAUAUGGGAAACGUCGAUCCGAUGUAUCAAUUUUCUUUGGAUUCUUAUUUAUCCCUGUUUUCCAUCUCGAUUGAGAAAAGUCCUAAAAGUCAAAAUUUAGACGAUAGAAUUAGUCAUCUUAAUGAGUAUCACACGUACGCAGUUUACAGGAAUACAUGUCGGGGCCUUUUCGAAAUGCACAAAUUGUUAUUUUCGUUUCACAUGUGUAUUAAAAUUUUGGACGCGGUCGGGAAAAUCAAUAACAUCGAGUAUAAUUUCCUGCUGAAAGGCGGUGUCGUUCUCGAUAGGUCCGGACAAUCACCCAAUCCGUGUCCGAAUUGGCUGACGGAAACCGCUUGGGACAACAUAACCGAAUUGGAUAAAAUACCUGGAUUUCACGGAUGUGCGACGACAUUUGAACAAUCUCCCAGAGAUUGGCAAAAUUGGUACGUUUCCACCGAACCGGAAUCUAUACCGUUAAUCGGAGAAUGGGAAACUAAUUUAAAUCAUUUUCAAAAAAUGUUAUUCAUUCGUUCUUUGAGACCCGAUAGAUUGGCAUUUUGCGCGUCACAAUUCGUCAUAAGUAAUUUAGGUCAAAGGUACGUCGAACCUCCCGUGUUGGACGUUAAAGCCGUUUUCGAAGACUCGACUCCCGUCGGUCCUUUGAUCUUUGUACUUUCUCCCGGUGUGGAUCCGACAAAUUCCCUUUUACAACUCGCCGAAAACAUGGGAAUGAGUCAAAGAUUUGCGACGUUGUCACUGGGUCAGGGUCAAUCACCCAUCGCGACAAAAUACAUCGAAACGGGUGUCAGUGUCGGUAAUUGGGUUUUCUUAGCCAAUUGUCAUUUGUCAUUAAGUUGGAUGCCGACUCUGGAUAAAAUUGUUGAAAAAUUGGGAACGGAAACUCAAAACGUGCAUCCAGAUUUUCGUUUAUGGUUGAGUUCGAGUCCAAAUCCCCAUUUUCCCAUUUCGAUUCUUCAAGCCGGGAUAAAAAUGACGACGGAACCGCCGAAAGGGAUCAAAGCAAAUCUCAAACGUCUGUAUCAAAUAUUAACGGAACAACAGUUUAACGCUUGCGAAGCAAAGGAAAAAUAUAAAAAAUUACUUUUCUCGCUCUGUUAUUUUCACGCCGUUUUACUCGAAAGGAAAAAAUUUCAACAAUUGGGUUGGAACGUCGUUUACAGUUUCAACGAUUCCGAUUUCGAGGUAUCGGAAAACUUGCUUAGCAUAUACCUCGACGAAUACCCGGAUACUCCCUGGGACGCACUCAAAUAUUUAAUAGCGGGCGUGAAUUAUGGUGGUCACGUGACAGACGAUUGGGAUCGAAGACUUUUAAUGACUUACAUAAGUCAAUAUUUUUGUCCCGAUGCUUUGCAACAGCAAUUUUACAGACUUUCCAGUCUGCCUACGUAUUACAUACCUCGAGAUGGUAGCCUGGAUUCUUAUAGAGAUUAUAUUACGACUUUGCCGACGGUCGAUCGUCCCGAGGCUUUCGGACAACAUCCAAAUGCGGAUAUAACGAGUUUAAUAUCCGAAACGAGAACUCUUUGCGAAACUCUCAUGUCUCUUCAGAUUCAAGUCUCGGGAACCACGGGAGGAGAAACAUCUAAAGAAGAAAAGGUUAUGCAAUUGGCCGUUGACGUCAUUUCGAAAGUUCCCGAAAGCAUCGACUACGAAACGACGUAUAAGAACAUUGGAGAAAAUAAAAGUCCACUCGACGUUGUUUUGCUCCAGGAAAUACAAAGAUACAAUCGUUUAUUAUACAAGAUAAAAUAUUCCCUGUUGGAUUUGCAAAAAGGAAUUCAAGGUUUCGUUUUGAUGUCGGCCGAACUCGAAGAAAUAUUCACGUGCAUAUACGAAGGAAGAGUACCUUCUCUUUGGCUCAAAGCUUAUCCAUCGUUGAAACGUUUGGGUUCUUGGACCAUGGAUUUGGUAUCGAGAGUCGCACAUUUUCAUAGUUGGGCCAACACGACUCAUCCUCCCGUACAAUUUUGGUUGGCCGCAUUCACUUUUCCAACAGGAUUUUUAACAGCCGUUUUACAAACUUCGGCUCGCAGACAGGAAAUAUCCAUCGAUACGCUUUCGUGGGAAUUUGAAACGAUACCGUACGAAGCAGCGGAAAAACCACCGGAUGGAGUUUACGUGAAAUCAAUUUAUUUAGAAGGUGCCGGAUGGCAUAAAAAAAAUGCUUGUCUCAUUGAACCCUUACCAAUGCAACUCGUUUGCGAAAUGCCCGUCAUAUGGUUCAGGCCGAUGGAAGUCCUGAAGAAAAGAACAAAAGGUUUUUACAAUUGUCCCACUUAUUAUUUUCCAAUAAGAGCCGGAGCUCCAGGAAGGCCGGCAUAUAUCGUUGCGGUAGAUUUGAAAUCGGGAACGGAAAAUAGCGAUUAUUGGACAAAAAGAGCAACGGCGCUAUUAUUAAGUCUAGCUAAUUAA